UUGGCCUAACUGCUCAGCGUCUGGGACCGCUCGAAUACAGUAAGUGGCGAGCCGGCGUUGUGAAUGCACGUGUUUUCGCUUCAACUCACCUGAGCGCUCUCACCUGAGCCCCCUCCCCCUGCCCUGCUGUGUGAACUGACACAAAACAAAACACAGCCCAAAACAUAUCACACACAGAACAACGUAUGACAAGAUCGAAUUCUGUUCAACUGCAAGCAACAACAACAACAACAACAGAAACCGCGUGAACCACAACACAAAAAACAGUGAAAAUACUUUUCGUGCAUUGUGAGAACAAAUAUUAAAAAAAAAAAACAAAGAAAAACAACAAAAACCAAAUUUAAACAUAUAAAAAAAAAACAGAAAAAAAAAUAACUAAAACUUACGAAAUUUUUUUCAAGUUAAUUUUUUCCAAGUGCUUCUGAAAAAAAAGAACCAAAAAAACCCAAACAAACAAAAAAAAAACACACACACUCCAGAGAAGCCACAACAUGGAUUAUUUAUGAUGAAGAAGCCCAAGCAGAGGUUGACUUGAGCUUCAGGUCGGGAUACAAAAAAAAUCUAUCUAGAAAUUGUAUCUGAUUUUUUUUGGUUUUUUUGUUGCGCAACUUUUGCACAGCACAGUGGGCGGGGCAAGGAUCAAACAUACACACACAAUUGGAUUAGUGUUUUGUUUAUUCGGGAACCCUUUGAAGACCACCUCCCACUCUACCCCACUUGCGCGUCUCGUCGCGUGUCGCGUCUCGCGUCGCGCGUCACGCGUUCCGUUGCGUCGCCGUGUAAAUCGUUCGUUUAUCGUUCGCCGAUCGUUAAUCGUUAAUCGUUAAUCGUGUAUCGUUAAUCGCCAGCAACCAUGCCGAAGAUCUUCCUGAUCAAGAACCGCCUGCAUCAGCAGCAACAGCGCCUGCUCGAAUCACAGAACCUGCUCCAGCACAAGAGCCAGGACGAUGAACGAUGCCUGGUGCCACCGCUCAGUCCCCAUGGCUCCGGCUCCGGCUCCGGAUCUGGCACACCGCACUCGCCCUCGCCAUCGCCGUCGCCCGCCCAUCCGCAUCCUGAGCCGCAGGGUCAGGGUCAAACGUCAUCGCCAUUCCAGCAGCAGGAUGACCAACAGCCGCUGAGUCUCACGCGAAAACGCUUCCACCAUCGCCGUCACUACUUCGGACAGUCGCGUCACAGUCUCCUCGCAGACCAUGGACUCAAUCAGAAUCAAAAUCAAAUUCAGAAUCACAAUCAAAAUCAAAAUCAAAACUCUACGGAAUUGGAUGUCGAUCACAACACAGCAGCAAGUGAAGUUCAAAAUGACAAAUUUGGUUGCUUGAGGCCGGCAGAAUUGUUGCAGCGCCUUACCUGCACCACCACCAACCAAACCACCACCAGCAGUAGCAUAGCCACAACCACAACCACAAACACACCCUCACCUACGCCCACACCAACACCCACGCCCCCCGCAUUACCCACAAAAGACUGCGUCGAGAAUUCUCCAAUAAAAACCGCGAUAACAACAACAACAACAGCAAGCAGCAGCAUACCAAAGCAGCCGACGCCGCAGUCGACAGCGGCAGAGGGGAUUAGCAGCAGUAGCAGCAGCGAAGUAGAUGUAGAAGAUCCCGAUCGGAAAGCGCAAAAAGAAAAUGAGAAAAAUGCGCGCGCAUCCGUAGAGGCGGAAGAAGUAGAAGAAGAAGAAGAGGAAGACGGCGACGUUGACGUCGGAAUUGAGGUACCCCGCCCGCGCUUUUACAAUACGGGCAUCGUCCUCACCCAGGCCCAGCGGAAGGAGUACCCCAAGGAGCACCAGCAACAGCCGAACCUCGUCAGAACCACAAAAGAAAAGGAACCCCACUCGGAUGUGGACUCCGACACAGACUCCGAUGACGGCUGCAAGUUGAUUGUAGACGAGAAGCCCCUGCUGCCCGUGGACAAGCCGUUGUCUCUGCGUAUGCGCAGCACCCCGCCCCCGGCAGAGGAGCGUCCCAGUCCACCACCCCCAAGGGAACCGACGCCCGCUGUCCGCUGCAGCGUGAUCCAGCGCGCACCACAGACCACGGCAGCAGCAGUAGCAACAGCAGGACACGCUGUAUCCCCGCAUCACCAUCAUUAUCAGAAUCAGCAUCCGGACCAUCAGACACCACAGAGGAGCGUUCUAUUGCCCCUAAGUGCCCUCGAUCUCGAUCAGCUGGGACCGGAGCAGCAGGAGCCCAUUGACUAUCACGUGCCGAAGCGGCGCAGCCCCAGCUACGACAGCGACGAAGAGCUGAACGCCCGCCGGCUGGAGAGAGCGCGCCAGGUGCGCGAGGCCCGCAGGCGGAACACGAUCUUGGCAGCCCGCGUACUGCUGGCCCAGUCGCAGCGCCUGAAUCCGCGCCUGGUGCGCAGCCUUCCCGGGAUUUUGGCCGCAGCCGCCGGCCACGGACGCAGUAGCAGCAGUUCCGGUGCAGCCGGACAGGGCUUUCAGUCGUCUGGCUUUGGCAGCGGCAGCAGCUCGACCGGCUCGGGCAGCGGACAGAACGCCAGCGGUGGUGCUGGCUCGCCGGGAGGCGGCUUUGGGGGUGCUCUAGGCGGCAGCGGAGCCGGAGGCGGUGGCAUGGGCGGUGGCCGUGACGGACGAGGCAACUACGGUCCCAACUCUCCCCCCACCGGGGCUCUGCCCCCAUUCUACGAGAGCCUGAAGAGUGGCCAACAAAGCACGGCCAGCAAUAAUACGGGCGCCAGUCAGACAUCCGCAGGACACGGAGCAGGCUCCCACGCAGCCUUCAACGGGAAUCCCAACUUUCUAUCCAUACAAAACGCUGCUGCAGCGGCGUACAUAAUGUCAGCGGGAGCAGGAGUCGGUGGAGGUGGAGGAGGAGUAGGCGGAGGUGGCGGCUACAUCAAUUGCGGAUCCAACGGAGGAGGAGGAGGCGGUGGCAAUGGCAAUGCGAAUGGAAAUGGAGGUGGAGGUACGGUUGGCGGUGGUGGAGCUGCAUCAUCGGGUGGUAUCGAUGGUAAUAAUCUUUUGAACUUCGCCAAUGGCUUGGCCAGCAAUCCUAACUAUAACGAAUCCAAUUCCAAAUUCCAUAAUCCAAACUCAACGAUGGGUCAUCCCUUUUACGGUGGCAAUCCCUCAGCGUACGGCAUCAUACUCAAGGACGAGCCGGACAUCGAGUACGACGAGGCAAAGAUCGACAUCGGAACCUUUGCGCAGAACAUCAUCCAGGCGACGAUGGGCAGUUCCGGGCAGUUCAAUGCCAGCGCCUACGAGGACGCUAUCAUGUCGGAUCUCGCCAGCUCGCAGUGCCCCAACGGCACUGUGGAUCCACUGCAGUUUACGGCCACGCUGAUGCUCAGCUCCCAGACGGACCACCUGCUGGAGCAGCUCUCGGAUGCCGUCGAUCUGAGCUCGUUCCUGCAGCGGAGCUGUGUGGACGACGAGGGCUCCACCAGUCCGCGGCAGGACUUUGAGCUCGGCUCGACGCCCUCCCUGACGCCCGACUCGGUGUCGGUGACGCCCGUGGAGCAUCACCAUCAUCAUCACCAUAGCAGUCACCAGACAGCGAGUGCCUCCCAGCUGGAUGCCCUUCACGAGAAUCUGCUGACGCAGUUGACCCACAAUAUAACACGCAAUGGCGUUAACUCCCAGCAGCAGCAACAGCAGCAGCAGCAGCACGUGCAACAGCAGCAGCAGCACCUGCAGCAGCAGCAGCAGCAGCAUGUGCAACAGCAGCAUGUCCAGCAGCACGUGCAGCAUGUGCAACAGCCGCCGCCUUCGUACCAGCAUGCCACCAGAGGCCUGCAGAUGAUGCAACAACAACAGCAGCAGUCGCAGCACGGCAGCUACCAGCAGCAGUCGGCGCUGAUGUCACAGCAGCAGCAGCAGCUGCUCAGCCAGCAACAGCAACAGUCGCACCACCAACAGCAGCAGCAACAUGCCGCCGCCUACCAGCAGCACAAUCUGUAUGCUGCCCAACAGCAGCAGCAGCACCACCAGCAGCAACAACAGCAGCAGCAACACCAGCAUCACUCGCACCACCAAUUCCACCAGCAACAGCAGCAGUCGCACCACUCUCACCAUUCGCACCACCACGACAACAGCAACAUGUCGCUUCCAUCGCCCACGGCAGCGGCUGCUGCUGCCGCGGCGGCCGCCGCUGCUGCUGCUGCAGCAGCCGUUCAUCUAGCGCGUCCCAUGAGCAGCAGCAGCAGCUCCGGUACGAACAGCAGCAGCAGCAACAGCAGCAUGGAUGCAAACGCAGCGGCAGCGGCUGCCGCUGCGCUGCUCGACACAAAGCCACUCAUCCAAAGCCAGGAGCAGCAACAACAGGAGGGGCAGCCACAACAGGAGGGGCAGCCGCAACAGGAGGGGCAGCAACAAAAGGAGGAGCAGCAACAGUGCUUAACGAAGCUGUCGAGAGGCAGGUCCAAGAAGGUGAUGCCCCUACCAAUGAUCCCCAACGAUUUCGAUUGCCUUCUGGUCAAGGAAGAAAAGGAGGAUAAAAAAGAGGAGGCGGCAGAUAUAGACUAUGAUCCUGCAGGGAAAGACAGCAGCAACGGAUCGGGAGGAGGCAAGCUGAGUGGUCGAGCCAAGGCCGUGGCGUAUGGCUCCACGAUGAUCACCCUUGUAUCGACAAUGAAGCCCUCGCCGGAGGUGCCGGCCACACGAACGGUGCACCGCACCACAUUACGUUCGUUGGCCACGGCGGCGGCGGCCACAGCCGCUGGCCUGUGUGCCCCAUCGCCCACCGUUUCGGUGCUCAAUCAGAGCAAGGUGUUGCAGCGGCGUUUGGGCCUGCCGCCGGAUCUACAGUUGGAGUUUGUGAAUGGCGGACAUGGCAUCAAGAAUCCACUGGCUGUCGAGAAUGCCCAUGGUGGCCAUCACCGGAUACGCAACAUCGAUUGCAUUGAUGAUCUCAGCAAGCACGGCCACCAUUCCCAGCAGCAACAGCAGCAGCAGCAAUCAUCCCCCCAGCAGCAGCAGACGCUCCAGCAACAGCAGCAGCAGCAGCAAUCCCUCCAGCAGCAACAUCAGCAGCAGCUCCAGCAUCACAGCAGUGCCAGCAGCAAUGCCAGUAGCCACGGCUCCGCGGAUGCCCUCUGUAUGGGGGGAUCUGGAUCGGCCAGCCAGGCCGGUGAUGAUUCUGUAGUCAAUGGAAAGUUCGUUUGCCGUGUGUGCAUGAAAACGUUCUCGCUGCAGAGGCUGCUCAAUCGGCACAUGAAGUGCCACUCGGACAUCAAGCGGUACCUGUGCACGUUCUGUGGCAAGGGAUUCAACGAUACCUUCGAUCUGAAGCGGCACACGCGCACCCACACGGGCGUCCGACCGUACAAGUGCAAUCUGUGCGAGAAGAGCUUCACGCAGCGCUGUUCCCUCGAGUCGCACUGCCAGAAGGUGCACAGUGUCCAGCAUCAGUACGCUUAUAAAGAGCGUCGCGCCAAGAUGUACGUAUGCGAAGAGUGCGGCCACACGACCUGCGAGCCAGAGGUGCAUUAUCUGCAUCUGAAGGAUCUGCAUCCGUUCUCGCCGGCGCUCCUUAAGUUCUACGAUAAGCGGCACUUCAAGUUCACCAAUUCGCAGUUCGCCAACAAUCUGCUCGGACAGCUGCCAAUGCCUGUCCACAAUUGAAUCGUGGAUCGUCAGUAGUUAGCCCUAAGAUCCCCAACAAGAUCCCCACCAUGUGACUUUGAAGUUUUCUGAAAACUGCCCCCAUGCCCCACCACAAACACCACCCCCACACCGCCCUCUGCUGUAGCUAGCGGAGAGGAGAGGAGAAGGGAGGAAGAUCUUUGGAGAUUACAAAUAGCACUAUACAAUUUCUGUAUAUUUUUUGCCUAGAUUUAGAUUUAGUCGAUGAGGAUUACAACAACACUUUGCUGUGCAAAAAAUCGCUCUCACUCUCUCAUGCUCUUAAACAUUUGUUUAACAAUUUUCGUAUUUAGUUAAUGAUGGAAUUCCGCCUUUCGUUUUUUUAUAAGUAAACUCUUUUUUUAUUUUUGUUUGUAAUAUUGGAAAACCUUCUCUUAGUCAAAAAACAAAACAGAACAGGAAAAGAAAAGAAAGGAAAUGUUUUGCCCUAAAUAGUUUUCUUAGCUUUAAGAGUUUUUUUUUUUUGAUAAAUGCUUUGAGCAGACACACCACACACAUGAGUAAUACAAAAAUCAUGAAUAUAUCAUAUAUAUACAUAUAUAGAGAUAUAGCUAGGAUAUAGCUUAUUUUUAAGAUGUUUAGAGCUAGAAACCGAACAACAAACAACAAACAAAAGCUGCAAACGUUGGCAUUUAUUUUGUCACCGCAAAAGAGAACAAACAAGAAGUAGAAGGAGGAAAAAGGAUAUACAAGCAACACAUACAAAACAUCCACAUACACAUGUAAUUUAUUAUUUAAUCACACCAUUAAUCCAUUGUAAAGAGGCAAAAAGCGGAUAACAAUCAAACUAAAACCCAAACUAUAGAAGUAAGAAGCAAUGCGCGAAGAAGAUAGAAGUUAGAAGUUAGAGAGAGAUGCGUGUAAACUAAAGCUGUUUAUAAAUGAAGUCAAAGCCCAACAACAAAAUAAUCGAAACAUAAUGUAUCUUAUAACCAAUCCAUGCACUAUAUACCAUACAUAUAUACACACCAUAAACCAUUAAAAAGUGAAUGGUUUCCUUUGAUUUAAAUAAUAACUCUUGCAUUAAUAGUAGCUUGUAGGAAAGACCACCAAUCGUACUGAUACACUGAACAAACAAAAAACACACCACAAAAAUGGCGAUUUACGAAUACAAAUCGUAGGAAAUCGCUUAGAGUUAACUAACACAUAAUUUUAGUCUCUAUCGGUAGUUCUAAGUCUAAAGCCUAAGCAUUUCUUCAGAAUUUGAUUUUGAUUUGAAUUUGAAUUACAAACAAAAAACUAACUUUACUUUUUGAUUUAAA